AUGGAUUUCAACUGGUCUACGCCCUUUCCCGAGGGAGUCAUCUCCUUCCUCGAUACCGAUCUAUACAAGCUGACCAUGCAAUGCGCUGUCUUGAAAUACUAUCCACAUGUACCUGUCACCUAUGCCUUCACAAACCGCACCCCAGAGAAGAAGCUGUCGCGCAGAGCUUUUGUGUGGCUCUGUGAGCAGAUCGGCAAGCUUGGCAACAUUUCGUUAUCCGAGGAGGAGCUCCGCUACUUGCAGACGCAUUGCAAGUAUCUCCCGGCUUCCUAUCUUGGGUUCCUCAAGGAAUUCCGACUGAAGCCGCGCGAUCAACUAGUCCCGACUUUCACCCCCAUAGGCCGGGGCACCGGAGCCGCCGACGAGUUGGGUGAUGUCCACAUAGACAUUCGCGGCAAAUGGGUGGACACGAUUCUGUAUGAGAUCCCGCUCCUCGCCCUGACAUCCGAGGCCUAUUUCAAGUUUAUGGACCGGGAUUGGAACUACGACGACCAGGAGGACAAGGCAUACCGCAAGGGCAUAAGACUCCUAGAAGCUGGAUGUAUCCUCUCCGAAUUUGGUACUCGGAGACGGCGCGACUAUCAUACACAGGCCUUGGUAUUUAGAGGCUUGGUAAAGGCCAGUAGGGAUGCGCAAGCGCGCGGUUUGGCGGGACGGCUCUCGGGAACUAGCAAUGUCCAUCUAGCGAUGCGAUUCAACCUACCACCGGUGGGAACCGUUGCGCACGAGUGGUUCAUGGGUAUCGCAGCCAUAACAAACGAUUACAGGCGGGCGUCCGAGGAGGCGCUGCGUCGUUGGGUCGGCUGCUUUGGUGAGGGCGUGCUAGGAAUCGCGCUAACCGACACCUUCGGCACGCCGGCAUUCUUGAGAGCGUUCAGCAAGCAUAUUGAGUAUAUGCCGGGCACUCCUAACAUACCCCCUUUGAAAGACGGCACUAAACCUACGACGUCACCUCGGACGUAUGCCGAGAUCUACACUGGCGUCCGUCAAGACUCGGGCGAUCCCGCCGAUUUUGUGAAGUUGAUGCGCGAGUUCUACGAGAGCCAGGGGAUCAAGGACAAGAAGACCAUCGUUUUCUCCGACUCGCUUGACAUCGAAAAAUGCAUCGAGUACAAGCGAGUAUCCGAAGAAUACGGCUUCCAGCCCUCCUUUGGUAUUGGCACCUACUUGACAAACGAUUUCGUUCAGCUGAGCACGGGGAAGAAAUCCAUACCGCUCAACAUCGUGAUCAAGCUCAGCUCCGCCGGCGGAAACCCGGCUAUCAAGAUCAGCGAUAACGUUGGCAAAAACACCGGCAACCAGGCGAAGGUCGAGGAGGUUAAGAAACUGCUGGGUUACGUCGAGAAAGACUGGGAAGGGGGAGACGAAACGGCGAGGUGGGGCAAGGCAGACGACGCUGUCUAG